UUUCCCCCGGCGUUACCCCGAUUUUCCCCCGGCGUUACGCGGAUUUUCCCCCCGCGUUAACCCAAAAUUUCGGGGGCACUAAAACCCAUUUUCUCCCCACCAACACCCUUUUUUUCCCCAUUUUCUCCCCACCAACCCCCCUUUUUCCCCGCACCACCACUACAACCCCCUUUAACCCUUCCCUCUCCGCUCCCCUUUUCCCCCACCGCCCCAAGCUCCCCCCAGCCCCGCGCUCCCCUCUUUCCGCCUCUCCGCCGCCUUGCAUGCGAGGGUCAUGAGUUCCUACUUCGUCAACCCGCUCUUCUCCAAGUACAAAGGCGGCGAGUCGCUGGAGCCGACCUACUACGACUGCCGCUUCCCGCAGAGCGUGGGCCGGAGCCCCGCGGCGGUUCUGUACGGCCCCGGCGGCGCCGCGCCGUCCUUCCAGCACCCCUCGCACCACGUCCAGGAGUUCUUCCACCACGGCGCCUCGGGCAUCUCCAGCCCCUCGGGCUACCAGCAGAACGCGCCCUGCGCGCUCGCCUGCCACGGCGAUGCCUCCAAGUUUUACGGCUACGAGGCGCUGCCGCGGCAGGCGCUGUACGGCGCGCAGCAGGACGCGCCCGCGGUGCCCUACGCGGACUGUAAAUCCUCGGCCGGCGGCGGCGGCGGCGGCGGCGGCGGCGGGGCCGAGGGGCAAGGGGGGCACCUGAGCCAGAGCUCCUCGCCCAGCCUGAUGUUCCCGUGGAUGAGGCCGCACGCCCCGGGGCGGCGCAGCGGCCGGCAGACCUACAGCCGCUACCAGACGCUGGAGCUGGAGAAGGAAUUCCUCUUCAACCCGUACCUGACCCGCAAGCGGCGCAUCGAGGUGUCGCACGCGCUGGGACUGAGCGAGCGGCAGGUGAAAAUCUGGUUCCAGAACCGCCGCAUGAAGUGGAAGAAGGAGAACAACAAGGACAAACUGCCCGGCGCCGCCCGCGACGAGGAGAAGGGCGAGGAGGAAGGACACGAGGAGGAGGAGAAGGAGGAGGAGGAGAAGGAGGAGAGCAAGGACUGAGCGAGGCCGAAGGCUCCGCGCUUGUUUUUCUUUGGUUUUGUUUUGUUUUUUUUAUGGCGGAUGAUGAAUCGGGAUCUUUACGACGGUCAUUUGCUUUUAUGGAGUUUCCAAUGGAGAGGCUCACCCAGCAGGAACUACCUGUCAGGCGCUCGGGGCUUUUUUCCUUUUUAUUGGCGGGGAGGGUUCCCUUAUUCCUGCUUUUUUUCGGGGCUUUUUUAAUCCU